AUCGACGUCACGCGUCAUCUGUUGUAAGGUGUUCCAGUUUUUUAUCUCAUCACACCAAACACACACACUCCCGAACAUAUUUGCAGAAAUUCGUCGUCUCUUCAUUCGUGAUAGGUGCGAUCUGCCGUUGGAGAUAGAUGGCGGAAGAUAAGUAUAACCGGAAGAAUCCCGCGGUGAAGAGGAUUUUGCAGGAGGUGAAGGAAAUGCAAUCAAAUCCUUCUGAAGAUUUCGUCAGCCUUCCACUCGAGGAGAAUAUAUUUGAAUGGCAAUUUGCUAUUAGGGGGCCAAGAGACUCGGAGUUUGAGGGAGGAAUAUAUCACGGAAGAAUUCAGUUGCCUUCCGAGUACCCUUUUAAGCCACCUUCGUUUAUGUUGUUGACGCCAAAUGGUCGAUUCGAAACUCAGACCAAGAUAUGCUUGAGCAUUUCAAAUCAUCACCCUGAGCACUGGCAACCAUCCUGGAGUGUUCGUACUGCAUUGGUAGCACUUAUUGCGUUUAUGCCUACCAGCCCAAAUGGGGCCUUGGGAUCCUUAGAUUACCCAAAGGAAGAGAGGCGAGCUCUUGCAACUAAAUCUCGCGAGUCAGCUCCUAGAUUCGGGUCUCCAGAACGACAAAAGCUGAUUGAUGAGAUUCAUGAAUAUAUGCUGAGCAAAGCCCAAUCGCUGCCACAGAGCAACGUGAAUUCUGAAGCACAACAAAUAGACAGCAAAGAAAUUCAGCAGAUUCCCCAAGACAUUGUUGAGGAAACUACAGAAGCCCCUUCCCACCCAUCUGAAGAGAAUGGAAUCGUUGAAGAACCCAAUGAAACUCCUUCUGAGGAAAAUGUUGCCCAGUCUUCAAGGCCAGUUCCUACCGUGCCCACAACUAGUGAGCAAGUGUUGCAUAAGCCGGAAAAUAGGGUUCAUAAACCAGCAGACGACCGUCUGUUCACACUGGCUGCUUUCGGGCUUACUAUAGCUAUAAUAGCUCUCCUGUUGAAGAAGUUCUUGAAAGCUUAUGGACAUGGGGCCGUCUUCAUGGAUGAGUCGUAAAUUCCAGGUAAAUAUAUGAUGGACAUUCUUCGUGGUGCACAUAGUUGGUGGCUUGGUGCAUAAGCUGAAAGAGGAGGGAAGGGUGGCUUGGUGCAUAAGCUGAAAGAGGAGGGAAGGGAUCGUAAAUUCUUAGUUUUAUAGAUGAGAACAUUUGUAGCUCUGAUUCAACUACGAGUGCUUCAAUCUUAAUUUAGUGUGCAUUUGUAUAGUUUAUAAACUAUUUGUAGAAGUUGAACAAUCUCAUUUGAUUUAAAGUGGGUUUUCUCCAUA